UGUGUGUUAUCAAUAGGAUUACUAAUAUAUUUGAGGAAAAGUUUUCUUUUUUUUUUCAGAUUAUUUUCUUUGCUUGUUGGUUCAACGUGGAAAAAUAUUCGUUUGAUCGCCGGAACUGUGUUUGGUGAAAUAUUAAUAUCCUAUCCGUCAAAAAGUCCUGAAAUUGGUAUGAUAUUUGGCUUGGUUUUGCGCAAUAAUCAUUUGUUUUCCAUUUCGGAUGAUCGCAGUUUGCGAAUUUGGUGUUUGCGGAAAAAUCUACAUCUUGAUUGUGCAUAUGGACAUUCAUCUCGGCCUUUUGCAAUUUGCACUGGACCAUCAAAUUCUAUUAUAACGGGAAGUCAAGUGAGUUGUGCAUUGAGGCUUAUCAAUCGAGUUUCCUUAUUUCAUAACUCAAUGGAGUGGCCUUGUAAAUUUAUUGUUCAUCUUGGCAGACUGUACAUUGCUGGUUUCCAUGGAUCACACUGUGUUUUCGAAGUUGACUGUGGUGGAGGUCAUCGUCUUUGGCAAAUAUCAUUUGAUGAAAAUAAUCGGAAUUCGACUGCUGUUGUAGUUAAUUUCGAAUUUAUUAGAAAAGGGCGAAUCGAAAGGAUAAAUUCAUAUUUGUAUACUUUGGAGAUUAUUCAGAAUAAUUUACAUACUUCCGGAAUCACAUCGGUUGCUGUGCUUUCUCUUGAUAAUAAAAAUGUUUUUAUUGCAACAGGAGGUGUUGACACGAUCUCUUUAUCUUCUUCAAAAUUUCAGUCGAUCACUUAUCAAGGUAUUUUUUGUUUUUCCUUAAUUCGACUUCUUAUUGUAAAAUACAAAGGUGAUUUUAUAAUUUCAUGA